CGCGCACCCCACGAUGCUCAAGCGCUGCGGCCGACGCCUGCUGCUGGCUUUGGCGGGAGCGCUGCUCGCCUGCCUGCUGGUGCUCACGGCCGACCCGCCGCCGCCCCCGGUGCCUGCCGAGCACCGCCGGCGCGCGCUGCGCAGCCUGGCGGGCCCCGCGGCGGUGGCCCCGGUGCCAGGGCUGGGGGCGGCGGCGGCGCCCGGAGCGCUCGCUCGCGAGGUGCACAGCCUGUCCGAGUACUUCAGCCUGCUGACCCGCGCGCGCAGAGACGCGGGCCCACCGCCCGGGGGCGCCUCCCGCCCCGCCGACGGCCACCUGCGGCCCCAGGUGGAGCCGCUCGCGCCCCGCGACGUCUUCAUCGCGGUGAAGACCACCAAGAAAUUCCACCGCGCGCGCCUCGACCUGCUGCUGGAGACUUGGAUCUCGCGCCACAAGGAGAUGACGUUCAUUUUCACCGACGGGGAAGAUGAGGCCCUGGCCAGGCGCAUGGGCAGCGUGGUCAACACCAACUGCUCAGCUGCCCACAGCCGCCAGGCCCUGUCCUGCAAGAUGGCGGUGGAGUAUGACCACUUCAUCGAGUCGGGGAGGAAGUGGUUCUGCCACGUGGACGACGACAACUACGUGAACGCGCGGGCCCUGCUGCGCCUGCUGGCCAGCUACCCGCACACGCAGGACGUGUACCUGGGCAAGCCCAGCCUGGAUAGGCCCAUCCAGGCCACGGAGCGCGUCGGCGAGAACAAGCUGCGUCCUGUCCACUUCUGGUUUGCCACCGGGGGAGCUGGCUUCUGCAUCAGCCGCGGGCUGGCCCUGAAGAUGAGCCCCUGGGCCAGCGGGGGCCACUUCAUGAGCACAGCGGAGCGCAUCCGGUUGCCGGACGACUGCACCGUGGGCUACAUCGUGGAGGCCCUUCUGGGUGUGCCCCUCACCCGCAGCGGGCUGUUCCACUCCCACCUGGAAAACCUGCAGCAGGUGCCCCCCUCGGAGCUCCACCAGCAGGUGACCCUGAGCUACGGCAUGUUUGAGAACAAGCGGAAUGCCGUCCACAUUAAGGGGCCCUUCUCGGUGGAGGCCGACCCGUCCAGGUUCCGCUCCAUCCACUGCCACCUGUACCCGGACACCCCCUGGUGUCCCCACGCUGCCGCCUUCUAGCAGCCUCGGCCCAGACCCCGUCCCCGGGCGCCCCUGGUAUCCAAAGGGCCUGGGGACCCCUGUUGUGCCGCCCGGCCUUGUCCUCUGGGGCUCCCAGGGCUGUGCCUCCGUGAGUGUACUGUGUGCCCGUCUGCGUAGCAGGCUGCUGGGCGGCUCCGAGGAGCCCGCGUGGGCGCUGCUGUCACCUCUCAUGGUCCUCGGUCAGCGGGCAGCCCAGGCCCGGGAGGAUCCGUUGGGGCCGUUUCAUAUCCCUCUGUGGGGUCUCUGGGCAGCGGGGGCUCAGGGCCCCAGGACAACAGCCCUGCCAGGACGCUGGGCGCAGUGGCCGGUCCCCGCCUCCUCCCACGGAGCUGCGGCGCCAGGCAGCCCCAGUGGCUCCCCUGCCCUCCGGGUGGGGGUCUCCCGAACCCUCUCAGAGGGCUUCCCUUUGUCUCCCCAAGAGGGGGAUCAGAGCUGGGCAUUACCUCUCCGAGGUAGAGCACGUCGCCCAUAGUGGGCGUGUCUGUAAAUACUGUGACAGUAUUUUUACUGUGCUUGUUUUUCAAAGGGGGCGGGCAAACGUAGGGUGUUCUGUCUUUGUUUUCGGGGGCUGGGGGAGGGAGUAUUUUAUCUUUUCUGGGGAUCAGAGAAAGCGGGAGCCACGCUCGGGGUCACGUUGGCCGGAGCUGGAACGGAUGCUGCGUGCAUCUGCGGGUCCUCUGGGACCCCGCUCCGAGUCCUCGCGGGCACCCGGCCGGGGCGUGUCUGUCUCCUGUUCUCCUUUCCGCAAAGACGUAGCUAGGAAAGCGGACAACGAGGGAGAGGUUCUCAGGGAAUCGGAGUGUGGUUGCUAUGGUGACGUCCUUCGCUGUGAAUAAAGGUGCUCUUUGGG